AUGGACAAGCUAUUCCGAGAGUUUGGGCAGGCCAUGCAGCGGUACAACGGCAGCGAACUCUCAUUAACACUGUCCCCUGUGGCGCCGGCCGACGACCCGUACCGGUUGCGGAACAUUUGCAAUGGAGCCAACCAUCAUGAUGCCAAGGCUGUGAUCAAGCGCAAGAUCCAGAACAACAGCGAUGGCCUCGGACAUGCCGAGGUAAUGGGCUGGACGGAGGUGUACUAUGCUUACUGGAAGGCAUUAGGGCAGAUUCUGCUUGUUGAAGACGAGCAAAACGGCCGCGGCAGUGGCCCAGUGUCUACCUGGACGAGGGUAUAUGAGGCCUGGAAAGAUGUGAUCAACGCCGUGCACCGCGGCUACACGAACCACGGCUUCGAGGCGUGGACGGUUCCGUGCUUGUACGUCGUGGGCAACCACCUGCGCAUCUUUGCCGUGCGGGCCGACGAGGAGCGGGCCAACGCGUCGAGCUCUGCCACUGGCCCGGCAUUUGUCGGCGAGGCGGCCUUCCAGGACGAUUUUGACGCGGACAGCGAGAAGAACCAGCAGCUCGAGGACUGCGCGCGGCAACUGAACCGGCUGUUCCAGCUGUGUCUGAGCGACCGGACGCAGGACCUGGUCCACUCGCGCAAGUGGGGUAUCUACGGGCUCAUCAACCUGUUGUUCAAGACGUACUUCAAGCUCAACUCGGCCAGUCUGUCGCGCAACAUUCUGCGGGCGCUGACGGCGUAUAAGGGCGACAUGCCCGGGCUGGACAAGUUUCCCCGGUCGCAGCGAGUGACCUUCAAGUACUACGAGGGUGUCGUAUACUUUCUCGAAGAAAACUAUGCAGAGGCAGAGAAACACCUUACAGAAGCCUACGAGCUAUGCUACACGCACGCCACAAGAAACAAAGAACAAAUCCUCACCUACCUCAUUCCUUGCCAUCUCAUCACCUCUCACGCCCUGCCCAGCAAACAACUGCUGGCGCCCUACCCCAAACUCCAGAAACUAUUUGGGCCCCUCUCGGCCAGCAUAAAGAAGGGCGACCUCGAAGCCUUUAGUCAAGUCCUGCACGACAACGAGGAAGACUUCAUCAAGCUGCGCAUUUACCUGACGGUCGAACGCGGGCGCGACAUUUGCUUGCGCAACCUGCUGCGCAAGGUAUUUAUUGCGGGUGGCUUCGAGGAGGCCACGGAACCGGGCAAGGCGCCAUUGCGCAAGACGCGGGUACCCAUUUCGCACUUUACGGCGGGUCUGUGGGCGAUGAAGCAGACAGACCUCGAUAUGGAUGAGGUGGAGUGCCUGCUGGCCAAUAUGAUUUACAAGAAUUUCAUGAAAGGCUACAUUCACCACGAACGGGGCAUUGUCGUGCUGAGCAAGGCUGAAGCUUUCCCUGGGACGGGUGUUUAG